AUGUUCGGCGUCAGGCAACUCAGAAGAAGCAAACGGCAAAAGCGAUUCACCCAAUCUUUUUCUGGACCAUACGACGUCGUUUUCAAUCCAAAAACUUCUCUCUCAAGUUCGAAACUCUCUACUCUCUCCCACUCACACCAACUGUUCGAUGAAACACCCCAACAAGGCCUGUCCCGAAACAACCACUUGCUUUUCGAAUUCUCUCGCAACGAUCAAAACAAGGAGGCUCUCAAUCUUUUCUUGGGUCUUCGGCGGUCGGGUUCUCCCACUGACGGGUCGAGCCUUUCUUGUGUUUUGAAGGUAUGUGGAUGCUUAUUUGACCGAAUUGUGGGAAAACAAGUGCAUUGUCAAUGUAUCAAAUGUGGGUUUGUGGAGGAUGUUAGUGUGGGGACUUCUUUGGUUGACAUGUAUAUGAAAACUGAGAGUGUUGAGGAUGGGGAGAGAGUUUUUGAUGAAAUGAGGGUGAAAAAUGUGGUGUCUUGGACUUCAUUGCUUGCGGGUUAUAGGCAAAAUGGGCUGAAUGAGCAGGCAUUAAAAUUGUUUUCCCAAAUGCAACUGGAGGGAAUUAAGCCUAACCCAUUUACAUUUGCGGCUGUUCUUGGAGGUUUGGCCGCUGAUGGUGCAGUUGAGAAGGGAGUUCAAGUUCAUACCAUGGUCAUUAAAAGUGGUUUAGAUUCCACUAUCUUUGUGGGUAAUUCAAUGGUAAAUAUGUAUUCAAAGUCCCUGAUGGUUAGUGACGCCAAAGCUGUGUUUGAUAGUAUGGAGAAUAGGAAUGCAGUUUCUUGGAACAGUAUGAUUGCCGGGUUUGUGACAAAUGGUCUUGAUCUGGAAGCUUUUGAACUAUUUUAUAGGAUGAGGCUUGAGGGUGUUAAGUUGACUCAAACGAUAUUUGCUACUGUAAUUAAGUUAUGUGCAAACAUUAAAGAAAUGAGUUUUGCUAAACAGCUCCAUUGUCAGGUUAUAAAGAACGGGUCUGAUUUUGAUCUUAACAUCAAAACGGCACUUAUGGUAGCUUACAGUAAGUGCAGUGAAAUAGAUGAUGCCUUCAAGUUGUUCUGUAUGAUGCAUGGGGUUCAAAAUGUGGUUUCAUGGACAGCCAUUAUUAGUGGGUAUGUGCAGAAUGGCAGAACUGAUCGAGCCAUGAAUCUCUUUUGCCAAAUGAGGAGAGAAGGUGUUAGACCUAACCAUUUCACAUAUUCUACCAUCCUAACAGCUAAUGCUGCUGUUUCUCCCUCACAAAUACAUGCACUUGUUGUUAAGACUAAUUAUGAGAACUCACCUUCUGUAGGAACUGCACUUUCAGACUCAUACAGCAAGAUAGGAAAUGCCGAUGAAGCUGCAAAAAUUUUUGAACUAAUUGAUGAGAAGGACAUUGUGGCAUGGUCAGCAAUGCUUUCUGGAUAUGCCCAAAUGGGAGACAUUGAAGGAGCUGUUAAGAUUUUUCUCCAGUUGGCAAAAGAGGGGGUUGAGCCAAAUGAAUUUACCUUUUCUAGUGUACUGAAUGCGUGUGCUGCUCCUACAGCAUCGGUAGAGCAGGGGAAACAGUUUCAUGCAUGUUCAAUUAAAUCUGGGUUUAGCAAUGCUUUAUGUGUAAGCAGUGCUCUUGUUACCAUGUAUGCAAAAAGAGGCAAUAUCGAGAGUGCAAAUGAAGUUUUCAAGAGGCAAGUGGAUAGAGAUUUAGUUUCUUGGAACUCAAUGAUCUCAGGCUACGCACAACAUGGUUGCGGUAAGAAGUCCCUUAAGAUAUUUGAGGAAAUGCGAAGCAAGAACUUGGAACUGGAUGGAAUAACAUUCAUAGGAGUGAUUUCUGCCUGUACUCAUGCUGGGCUAGUGAAUGAAGGCCAAAGAUACUUUGAUCUGAUGGUAAAAGAUUAUCACAUUGUUCCAACAAUGGAGCACUAUUCUUGCAUGGUUGACCUGUAUAGCCGAGCUGGAAUGCUUGAAAAAGCCAUGGAUCUCAUAAACAAGAUGCCAUUCCCUGCAGGUGCAACUAUAUGGCGUACACUUUUGGCAGCUUGCCGUGUUCACCUAAAUGUACAGCUAGGGGAACUUGCAGCAGAAAAGCUAAUUUCACUUCAGCCUCAAGACUCAGCUGCAUAUGUCCUGCUAUCGAAUAUAUAUGCAACAGCAGGAAAUUGGCAAGAGAGAGCUAAAGUCCGAAAGUUAAUGGAUAUGAAAAAGGUAAAGAAAGAAGCUGGGUAUAGCUGGAUUGAAGUCAAGAACAAAACCUUCUCAUUCAUGGCUGGUGAUCUUUCACACCCACAAUCAGAUCGCAUUUAUUUGAAGCUUGAAGAAUUGAGUAUCCGGUUAAAGGAUGCAGGAUAUUACCCAGAUACAAAGUAUGUACUUCAUGAUGUUGAGGAGGAACACAAGGAAGUUAUUCUUUCCCAGCAUAGUGAGCGACUGGCUAUUGCUUUUGGAUUGAUUGCUACACCUCCAGGAACUCCUAUUCAGAUUGUGAAGAACCUUAGAGUAUGUGGUGAUUGCCAUACCGUUAUCAAGUUAAUAUCAAAGAUUGAAGGGCGGGAUAUUGUUGUCAGGGAUUCAAAUCGUUUCCACCAUUUCAAGGGAGGUUCUUGUUCGUGUGGGGACUACUGGUGACUCCAGUAUAUCAGUGAGAAAUGGCAAGGAUCCCUAUGAUUUUCAUGGUUAAAUUUUCAUUCAGAAUGACAAACUGCAGGGGUUAUCACUAGAGUUGCAAAUCCUAUAUAUGGAGGAGUCAUGUCUAGAUCACCAAGCAGCUCUUGUGAUGUAUCAAUUUUGGCUGAAUUACUGCAGUGAGUAUGAACCUGAUGGUUGUUGACAUAGAAGAAAAAACUUCACCAAGAUUUUGAAAAUUUUAGAGGAUAAUUUAAUCACUAGAAAGGCAUUGAAUAUUCUUUUUGAGUUGAGUUUCUGCAUAAAUAUGAAC